GAUAACGGAAGAGGCCACCUGGAGCUCCAGCACAAGAAACGAAGCUUCUUCAAGACUACCUGUCUAUGACCCAGCAGGAUUGGAUGAUUUCUGCGUGAACCUAUUACCUGUUUUCAGGCGCUUUUCGUUGUGACUGUGUGGAUCUUCUUCCUGCGACGCCCCUGCGCACGAACGCACUUGAUAUCGAUAUCCAAAAGGUUCAACGUCACGCUACCGGCUCGGCUCGAUGGCUGCUCUGUGGGGGAAUGGUGGGCAGGCAGGCCAGUUUCCCCUCGAGCAAUGGUUCUAUGAAAUGCCACCUGUGACUCGAUGGUGGACUGCUGCGACUGUCGCCACGUCGGUGCUUGUCCAGUGCAAUGUUCUAACGCCGUACCAGCUGUUCUACAGCUUUCGAGCAGUGUACGCCAAGUCACAGUACUGGCGUCUGGUGUCGACGUUUCUGUAUUUCGGCCCCUUGAACCUCGAUUUACUCUUUCAUGUCUUCUUCAUGCAGCGAUACUCGCGGCUACUUGAAGAAUCGUCAGGCCGUUCGCCUGCCCGUUUUUCAUGGAUGCUCUUCUAUGCGAUGGCGUCGCUCUUGGUAAUUUCUCCUUUCCUGUCGCUUCCAUUCCUGGGCACCGCGCUCUCGUCCAGCCUGGUCUACGUCUGGAGUCGCCGGAACCCGGACACCCGCCUCAGCUUCCUGGGCCUCUUAGUUUUCAAUGCUCCAUACCUUCCGUGGGUUUUGAUGGCAUUUAGCAUUAUCGUCCGCAAAGUCGUUCCCAAGGAUGAAAUAUGUGGCAUUGUGGUUGGUCAUAUUUGGUAUUUCUUCAAUGACGUCUACCCGUCUCUCCAUGGAGGACAUAGACCUCUGGAUCCGCCCGCAUGGUGGAGACGCAUGUUCGAUGAAGCUGGCAGCGCGCAUGGGACGAACGCUGCCAAUGUUAAUGGAGAGUUUGCUGCCGCUGCCGCACCUGAAGUUCGAUGAACAACCGCCCUUCGAUUCUGGCCUUUUAUUUCUGCACAGAUUUGAACUCGGCUUCUGUUCUUCAAGGGACCUUCGAUUUCUUUACCGCUAGACCAACGAGACUAUGUAGCGGGGCUACGCUUUCUGCGCUGGGACUCGGAAUGAAGGCCUGCUUUUUAAAAUGGUCAUCUUGCCUCAAUGAACCGUCUGGUACGGAAAACCUGGCUAAAGGCAAUCGAUGUGAGACAAAUGAUUUUUUUUCAACAGCUCAACUGCACGGAAGACAGCUAGAGGAACAAACCCUAGUAAAGAUGAAGCGUAUUCUCUUGGCCUUUCAAUAUCAUGGCGCCAGAAGGCUAUCAAACGGAGGGCGACUAGUAACAGUAAAGGAGUAGUGCAUAAUCGGCGUUUAGCAUAUAUCUUGUUAUGGUCUUAUACUUAGAUCUAUAAUUCUAUCUUAUGAUUGAGAAAUCAAGUCAUCCUAACAUAUCUUGAAA